UAAAGUUCCUUAUCAAACUGAAUAAAUAGAGGUGUGUUUGAGUCAGGUACCAGCAGUGUUCACCAGCACGGACACCAUGCUGUAUGUAAGGCUCAUCAGCACACUGUUGCUGGCAGCGACGUGUUUGCCCAGCGGAGCAGAUGCUUCCAUGGAGAAAGCUGUCACCUGUGACAUGGACGUUGUCCAGAGGUUGAGCUGUGAAAAUGGAGUGAUCAGUGUGGAAGCAGCUCUGUAUGGACGUGCAGACAGAGAGACCUGCAGUGAGGGCAGACCACAACAACAGCUCACCAACACAGAGUGCUCUCAGCAGGGAACCGUGGACAUCCUCAGGAGGAGGUGUGAUGGGAAGAAAGUGUGUGAACUGAGCGUGACUGACGUCCAAAGUCCCGACCCUUGUGUCGACACCUACAAAUAUCUGCAGACCAGCUACACCUGUUUACCUGCAAGUCACCUGGUCACAUGCGAGCACUCGUUUGCACACCUGCACUGUGAUGAAGGGCAGACUAUCCUCGUGUACGGGGCUCAUUAUGGACGCCACGAUCAGACCACAUGCUCCUACAGACGUCCGGCCUCUCAGGUCCAAAAUGUUUACUGCUCCAGUCCCACCAGCAAAGUCGCUGAGAGCUGUGACGGGAAGAACAGCUGCACCAUCAGAGCGAGUAACUCGGUGUUUGGAGACCCCUGUGUUGGUACAUACAAAUACCUCGAGGUGGCUUACGUCUGUCAGUAUCUCACCAGAGCUUCACCACUCAGAGGCUGGACUAUGCUCUGCACCUCCAGCACUGAGCUGCAGCUGCUGCCUGAAUUGAAUGGAGCCAUCAAGACCAGGUUCCUGUGUGCUUCACCAUCAGCUCAGCUCUUCGCUAAAACCAGCUCUAACAGCAUGCAGUGCUCCGGACUCAGCAGCACACUGUUGCUCGCAGCAACGUGUGUACUUAUGACUUCAGGCUUUUUGGCCCCAGGUGGUCCUAUGGGCCCAGGUGGUCCUAUGGGCCCAGGUGGUCCUAUGGGCCUAGGUGGUCCUAUGGCCCCAGGUGGACCUAUGGGCCAAGGUGGACCUAUGGGCCAAGGUGGACCUAUGGGCCCAUUCCCGCCGACCUUCAUGUCCACAGCGAGGGUGAUCACCUGUGACAGCCUUGACAAUGUGCAACGCCUGAGCUGUGAUAAUGGAGUGAUCAUCGUGCAGGCAGCUAUGUACGGGCGGACAGAUGCAGAAAUCUGCAGUGAUGGCAUUCCUGCAGAUCAGCUUGCGAAUACACAGUGUUUCCAGAUAGACACUCUGAAAGACGUCAAGAGCAGAUGUGAUGGCAAGAAGGUGUGUGAAAUAAGUACAAACUCCUUCCGUACUUCUGAUCCGUGCUCCGGCAUUUACAAAUACUUGGACACCACCUACACCUGCUUCCCAGCGAUCCACAGUGUAACUUGUGACGAUUCUCUGGCAAACCUUCAGUGCGGUGAAGGCCAGGUUUUACUCAUCCACGGAGCUGAUUACGGGCGCCGUGAUUCGACCACAUGCUCUUUGAAUCUUCCAGCCUCUCAGCUCCAAAAUGUCCAAUGCUCAAAGCCCAUAAGCAUUUUAGCUGACAGCUGUAACGGGAAAAGCAACUGUACUGUUAAAGUGAGCAGCUCUGUGUUUGGAGACCCGUGUUUUGGCACCUACAAGUACCUGGAGAUGGCUUACAGCUGUCACUCUCACCACAUUGGUGUCAGAAGUGGGAUUGCUCACCCUCGCCAUAAUGGAGAGAGACAUUCGGAGAAUGGAGCAAGCUGUCGAGGAGAACAUUCCCCGCUUGGGAAGCUGGCGAUUGAAGAGAGAGGACAGUUCCCAGCAGCAGCCCGUGAGGACCUUAGCCUGCAUGCAUUCCUGCGAGGACUUUUCCUAGAGCGACUACGCCAACACGUCCACCUGGCCAUGCAUCAGACUCUCCGUGAGGCGCUCCUUGAGGCUGAAAGGGCCGAACUCGUGCUCACCUCGCGACCUGACCAGCAGUUGCGCCCCACAAACUACCCUCAAAUCAGAGCUGCAGACUGUGACAGUGAGGGGGAGGUCGCGGGGAUAUGCCAGCCGCAGGACUCGGUGCUCUGGAGGCAUCCCCGUCGACCGACUGACCGCUGCUACCGGUGCGAUGAGCCUGGCCACGUGGCGCGCGACUGCCUGGCGCCCGCCCCGAAGGCCACAACUAUGUGGCCUCAGGGGGAUGAGAGGGGGAGCGCUGCCCCUCACGAAACGGCAGGGAGAGCGGGCCCAGGAGGCACGGGGAGUGGCUACGGGUGUAAAAGGUUGCAGACCCCUGUCCUAGGGCCUUUCCCCAUCCCCGAGGCAGGGAACCGGCGCGUGUCGGUGGCCAGGGACUGCUACAGGAGGCUGAGGGAGCCGCCACGAGUGGUUCAUGACUACACCCGCCAGGCCCAGGUCAGCACCGGAGUACGACAGAAAAGAGCCUGCGACACCAGGUGCCGAGGGGGAACUUUGGUGCCUGGCGACAAGGUUUGGGUGUACUGCUCGGUUCACAAGAGAGGGGUGUCCCCCAGGCUGUGCGGUCACUGGCAAGGGCCGGCGGAAGUCGUGGGGCGGCUAACAGAAGUGGUUUACCAGAUCCGCAUGCCGGGCCCAGGGCACGUGGCGGUGUUGCACCAGGACAGGCUCUCACCGUACUGCCCGCCCGCUCCAGCAGCCGCCGGGGCAGGGGAUGCUGUCCGAGCUGUCCUGCUUUCUCCCACUUUGACGCUCCGCAUCAGACACUUCAUCACUUUCCACAUGACUGGCUCCAGCUAUGCUAGCCACUUGGCUAGUAACCACAGAUACAUCCGUGCUAGCAUCCAAAUCUGA